UCAUUUGUUCGUCGCCAUUGUUCUUUCGUCGUCGUUACCGUCGUUGAAAAUUGUCGAGCGAAAAAUAAAAGUUGUAGCAUUCAUUUGCAAUAUAUCUCAUAGAAAACAAGUUGUUUUUAAAGUAAAUACAAAAGUCUAAAUAUCAAGAUUUUAGGUUAAAUAUUUGCUGGGGUGUGAAUCUUUGAAAAAGUAUAUAUAACACCGUCCACUGAAGUAAAAAACAGCAGUGGAAAGUGUGGCUCAGCUGAAGAAAGAAAAAAUCAUUUGAUUAGCAAUAGAAGACAAAAAACAAUAGUUCAAAUUCGUGUACGGGAGCAGAAAAUUUGAAAACGUUUUAAGUUUUCCGAAAGCGAAGUCUUAAGUGUUCAAUACAAAAAUGUCAGCAAUGAAUCCAGAAUAUGAUUACUUGUUCAAAUUACUGCUUAUCGGUGACUCGGGCGUAGGUAAAUCGUGCCUUUUGUUGCGAUUCGCUGAUGAUACAUACACAGAAAGCUAUAUUAGCACAAUUGGUGUAGAUUUCAAAAUUAGAACCAUUGAGUUGGACGGCAAGACUAUAAAGUUGCAAAUUUGGGAUACCGCUGGACAAGAGCGCUUCCGUACAAUUACAUCUUCGUAUUAUCGUGGCGCACACGGUAUUAUUGUUGUUUAUGAUUGCACAGACCAGGAGUCGUUUAACAAUGUAAAGCAAUGGUUAGAGGAAAUCGAGCGAUAUGCUUGCGAAAAUGUAAACAAGUUGCUCGUGGGCAACAAAUGUGAUUUGACUACCAAGAAAGUUGUUGACACAAAUACAGCAGCGGAAUACGCAAGUCAGUUGGGUAUUCCAUUUCUGGAGACUUCAGCUAAAAACGCAACGAAUGUUGAACAGGCUUUCCUGACGAUGGCUGCCGAGAUAAAGAAUCGUGUUGGGCCGCCUUCAAGUGCCACUGAGAACGCCAGUAAAGUUAAAAUUGAUCAGGGACGUCCGGUGGAGAACACCAAAUCAGGUUGCUGCUGAAUAACUCCGAUUGUGAACUCAUAUACACACUUUAUUUUAUUAUACUAAAAAAAAAACAAUUAAAAUAAAAAAGAAAUCACAACAAAGAUGGUGAUGAUAAAGAAACAAAUGAUUAUGCUGCUUAAGCUAUAAUACAUUUGCAAUGAAAUGGAAGAUAAUGAUAAACGAUGGUAACGAAAUGGAUCGGAUGAUAAUGGGGACACAACUUAAAAUGUUUACAACAACAAAGAAACGUAAGAAGUAAACAAAACACACGUUUUUUAAGUACAUAGCAACAAAAAUUAAUGUUAUGACAGCGAAAAUAUAAAAUUAAAACCACAAAAAAAUGCGCGAAAAAAACUUUAAGUAAGAUACUUAUAACUAAUGUUUAAAUAAAACCUAAAUGUAAACAAAUGCGUAAAUAACGAUGGUAUGAGAAGUAAUGUGGGGAAUUAGCUAAAGUGUGAGCGUAUCGUAGUAAUGGAGGAUGAUGUAGUGUCUUUUUCGGGCGUCUGAAAAUUCCCCUAUCAUUUUAUAAUUAUUAAAAAUCCAUAGUAUAUAAAAAUUUUGUGUUUAUUAGGUAAUUUAGAUGUCCAGUCAACCUCUAUUGGUUCACUGGCCAACUGAAUUGCUGCAAAUAUUAGUUUAUUACCUUAAUAAAUAAAAAGUACAUACGACAUACGCAAUUUAAA